AUAUAAAAACAACGUAACACGCAACGUAAAUAAACAUUUACAAACAACAAACACAAUGUGAAAGACUCUUUAAUUUGUUUGUUUCGUGCGUUAAUUGUGGCGUCUAAUUUCCAAAUUUUGCUGUGUAGCAUAAAUUAUAAGUGAGCAAUGGCGUAAUUACAACCAAAUGUGAAAUACUCUGCGGAGAGAAUCCAAUACAAAAAGUGUCUCGCGCAAUCCUCUAAUUUUAUUACUCAACAUAAAUUGCAUAUAAUUUGCACGCAUUCAAGUCUUUUAAACUGGUUUCCCAAUUAUUGUGAAAUCUGCAAAUAUGGAGUCGUUUCUGAGCCUCUUCGAUCCGAAUCAGCCCGACGAUGGCUUCGAUGAGGAGCAAGAACUGAAUGGCAACAGCAGCGGCAGCAGCGAAUACGAAAUCGAUGCCAAUGCCAACAGCAAUAACUGCAACAAUAGCAAUAACUUGAACAGCAAUACCAAGAACAAUCUGAUCUUUGAUUUCGAACAGGGCGCAUUGCCGCCAGAGCCACAGUUGGGCAAUGUGGAGUACAAACUGAAGCUGGUGAAUCCCUCAAAGCAGCGCUUCGAGCAUCUGGUCACGCAAAUGAAGUGGCGACUGCGCGAGGGACACGGCGAAGCCAUCUACGAGAUUGGCGUCUCCGAUGCAGGACAUCUUCAGGGUCUGAGCGACAAGGACAUGAACGCCUCGCUGACCACACUCAAGCAGAUGGCCCAUCAUCUGGGCGCAAGCACCUCGGUGCUGCGACGCAAAACGAUUGCGGUGCGGCGUUCGGUGGCCGAAGUUUUGGUGCGCAAGAUACCCGACGAUCAGCACAACAUCGAGGUGCGCGUUGCGGUUCUGGGCGGAGCAGAUGCGGGCAAAUCGACGCUGCUGGGCGUGCUCACGCAGGAUGAACUGGACAAUGGUCAUGGACGGGCGCGCCUCAACAUGUUUCGGCACAUGCACGAGAUACAGUCUGGACGCACCUCUUGCAUCUCGCAUGAAACGCUGGGCUUCGAUGCCUUGGGCAAUGUGGUCAACUACAAGUACAAUGAGAUGAUGACCGCCGAGGAGAUCAGCGAUCGCUCCACCAAGCUGGUCACCUUCAUGGAUCUGGCUGGACAUCGUCGCUACAUGCGCACCACAGUCCAGGCGCUCAGUGGCUACUCGCCACACUAUGCCAUGCUGGUGGUGUCCGCGGGCAGUGGCUGCAACGACACCACCGAGGAGCAUUUGGCCAUAGUGCGUGCCUUGGACAUGCCCUUCUUCAUACUGAUAACCAAAACUGAUAUCACAUCACCGGAUGCCACGGUGCAGGAGUUGCGCACACUGCUCACCAACAUCGGAUGCCGCAAGGUGCCAUUUGUGGUGACCAACACCGAUGAGGCUAUUUCGGCGGGCUCCAAUCAGGUGUCCGAGAACAUUGUGCCCAUCUUUUGUGUCUCGAAUGUGACAGGCACUGGCCUGAAUCUAGUCACCAAAUUUCUAUAUGUGCUCUCGCCGGGCAUCAGCAAUGCGGAAAAGGAUCGCCUCGAAUUGGAGCCAUGCGAAUUUCAAAUCGAUGAGAUCUUUCGGGUGACCGAUGUGGGUCCCGUCGUGGGUGGUCUGCUGGUGCAGGGCGUGCUCACCGAGAACAUGCCCAUGAAGAUUGGACCACUCCCCGAUGGCAGCUUCCAUGCCGUCAACGUGCACACCAUACAUCGCAACAAGGCGCCGUGUCGAGUAGUGCGUGCUGGGCAAAGUGCCUCGCUCUCGUUUACGCCGUCGCAGGAGUUGCCAUCGCUGCGCAGCGGCAUGGUGCUGCUGAGUGACUCGGGCAACAUUGACGAACCCUAUGGCACAUACUUCUUUCAGGCCAAGGUUUCGGUGCUGUUUCAUGCGACGGCCAUCUAUGUCGGCUUUCAGACCACUGUGCACAUUGGCAGCAUACGUCAAACGGCCGUGAUACGCGGCAUCAUGGGUGGCGAGAAGCUGGGCACCAAUGACUCCGCUUCGGUCAUGUUUGAGUUCGUUGGCCAUCCGGAGUAUGUGCGGCCUGGAAUGCGCAUCUUGUUCCGCGAGGGAAUGUCCAGCAAGGGCAUCGGUGUGGUCACUCAGGUGUUUCCGGUGAACAAGACGCGCGCCAAGUAAAGAGUUCUUGAGAAGAUUGACGUAGAACACACAAAAACACACACAAUCACCGGCAGAGUACCUAGCAUUUCUUCUUCUCCAGUUGACAAGCUUAAUACUUACUCUAGUUUAUCAAGAACUAUACACAAAAAAAAAAAAAAGAAA